CAAGAUGAUUUCAACUUCUGCAAUUUGCCUUUCUUUUGCAAGUUUAGCAGUUCUUUUUGCGGCUUGCACCAGUGGUCAGACUGUUCCAUGUAGGCCUCAAUGCUGUGAAUGGAUGAACCAGGAUUAUGGAUUAUCCUUGCAAUCACCUACUCCUAGAGGAUUUAUUACAACAACACUACCAAAUCCUGAGGAUAUGUUAUCAAAUCCUUGUAUAAAUGUCACUGCUCAAGAAACAGACCAAUACAUCGAAAUACUAGUUGAAACAACUACCCCAGGUAGAAAUAGUCGAGUAUGUGUGACUGUUAAUGAUGAUCCAAAUCCAACUUGUGGAAAUGGUCAGGUAUCCUACUGUCAACAAGUUCCAUCACUAAAUAUGACUAUAACAAUUUUUUGUGAUGACUCUUGUGAUCAAUCUGAAAUUCUAUUUUGGUUCCGUGUUAAUGUUAGCCAAGCAGUUUCAUUUGAUGAUGUGUUUUGGUGUUCUAGAAGGCUAGGAGAUUAUCCUUCAGGACUUAUCAAUGUGACUACUCCACCAAACACAAAUCCAACUGAAAUACCAACAACAAAUCCAACUGAACUACCAAUAACACACCCAACUGACCCACCAGUAACAAAUCCAACUGAAGGGACGCCACCAGUAACAAAUCCAACUGAAGGGACACCACCAGUAACAAAUCCAACUGAAGGGACACCACCAGUAACAAAUCCAACUGAGGGGCCACCACCAGUAACAAAUCCACAUGAAGGGCCACCAAGCAACUCAAGUGAUUCAACUAAUGCUCCUCAACCAACUAGCUCACCUGAACCAACUAGUGCUGGUACUACACCAAGUUCUAACCUCCUCCUGAUGCUCUGUAUUAUUGCUCUGACACAAAUCUAUAAUAACUUUUAAUAUACUAACAGUGCAUCUUGAUUGCUACUAUUCUGGCAUUCUAAAAACAGAACUACUUACAUGUACAAAAAUAUAAACAUUCACGCACCUAAAUAAAUUUUUUUGAUUAAUUAAGAUCAUAAAAUCAAAGAUUA